GUUUUCAACACUGGUAAAUAAACAUGGCUGCCUCCUUGAGGAGAGCGGCCCACGACAUCGAAACGCGAAAACGUACCGAGGAUGUUCUUCUGUCGGAGGGGAUCGACUUCAGCUCUCUGCUGUUGUCUCAGCCCGUGUUGGAGGGACUGUCCGCGUCGGGCUUCCAGAAACCGUCCCCGAUCCAGCUCAAGGCGAUCCCGCUGGGCCGCUGCGGACUGGAUUUGAUUGUGCAGGCCAAGUCUGGAACAGGGAAGACAUGUGUGUUCUGCACCAUUGCUCUGGACACUUUGGUCCUGGAGAAUCCUGCAACUCAGGUUCUUGUGCUGGCUCCGACACGCGAGAUAGCGGUGCAGAUCCACUCAGUGGUGAUGGCCAUAGGCUGUGCUAUGGAAGGUCUGGAGUGCCACGUUUUCAUCGGGGGCAGGCCCGUGAGUCAGGACAAACCCCAUCUGAAGAAGUGCCAUAUCGCUGUGGGCUCUCCUGGUCGUAUCAAGCAGCUUAUCGAGUUGGGCAUGCUGUCCACUUCCAGCAUCAGGCUAUUUGUCCUGGAUGAAGCAGACAAGCUACUGGAGGAGGGCAGCUUCCAGGACCAGAUAAACUGGAUUUUCUCCUCUCUACCAGUGAACAAACAGAUGCUUGCACUCUCUGCCACCUACCCAGAAUCCCUUGCUCAGCAUCUUACCCGUUACAUGAGCGAGCCUACGUUUGUUCGACUGAAUCCUAGUGACAUGGGCCUCAAAGGUUUAAAGCAGUAUUACAAGCUGGUGCAGUCGCAUCCUUUACCUCACAAGAUCUUUGAAGAGAAGGUGCAACACCUACUGGAGCUUUUCAGCAAAAUCCCAUUCAACCAGGCUCUAGUGUUCUCCAACCUUCACACAAGGGCUCAGCACCUGGCAGACAUCCUGUCAUCUAAAGGCUUACCGUCUGCUUGCAUCUCAGGUGGUCUGAGUCAGGACCAGAGACUGGAGGCGAUGUCAAAACUGAAACAGUAUCAGUGUAGGGUGCUCAUCUCCACUGACCUGACCUCCAGAGGCAUUGAUGCAGAGAAAGUAAACUUGGUGAUAAACCUGGACGUACCACAGGAUUGGGAAACCUAUAUGCACCGAAUCGGACGUGCCGGACGCUUUGGCACUCAGGGGCUGGCUGUGACCUACUGUUGCCAUGGUGAGGAGGAGAAUAAGAUGAUGGCCAUCGCUCAGAAGUGUGGUCUGAGUUUGUCUGCACUGCCUUCAACUUUAGAGCCUGCAUUGAUGGAGGAACCAUGUGACUGGGAUGUUUGCGCUGAGGCUUCAGACCCAGUGCCCAUAUCACAGCUCCGAUCCAAGACUGAGAAGAAACGGCGAGUCAAGACCGCUGUCUCGGCUGAGGAUCAAACAGUAGAAUGCAGCAGACCAGCGACACAGGAGAUGUCCCAUCCAGCCCCAAAACGGGGACCAAACAGUGACAGGAAUCUUAUGAAAGAAUGUAACAAGAAGGAUACUCCUUCACAGGCGCCUUCUCAGGCAGCGGCACCGACUCGAAAAGAGCUGCAAGACGCUCUGCCCAAGAUCCCCCCACUCAGCUCUUUCAAGAAUAUCAAAUCCCGUUUAGUUACAUUCGAGGAGGCUGAGCUGGACUUCCAGAACUUCAUUACAACAGGUUUGGGGAGAUCAGUAGAGGUUAUCAGGCAGUUCAGAGGUAAAGAGGAUGGAGACUUUAAAGAUCAGAGAGAGUCAUUCAUACUUGAUGAUGAUGGUGGCACUCGGAGUGUCACACACAAUAGUAGAUCUCACUUGUCACCUCCCAGAUCACCUUCUAGUUCUUCAAACUCCCAGUCUGACAUGGAGGAGGAUAAGACAACAGGUAGUCUAGAUCUGACUAAAAGAGGCACUUCUGAAGAAGCUGCCCAGGUUCACACUAAAGGCAGUGAUGCAUUAAGUUCAACCAGACCAAAGGAUAGUCCCAGUAGAUGUUACCGGACAACUUAUGACGCACACGGCCGAGAUUUAUCACAGUCUGAGGAAAAUAAAUCAAAUAGACGAACAGAUCUGACACCUUCAGGACAGACUGAAAGAAAUAAACCACGGAAGAUUAAAGAACAAAUUGGAAAACAGGGGAGAAAGAUUGUAGAGGAGAUUGGAAAAGAGAGGAAGAAAGAGAGAGCUGAAAAAGAACAUGAUGAAGAAGAAGAAGAGGAAGAAGAGGACUGGAGUUCUGAAGGUUAUUGGCGGUCCUGGUACAGAGCCUGGCAUCAGUACUAUGCCUCAAUGUCUGCUGCAGGACCAUACGGAUACCAAAACUACUACAGUACAGCCCACAACUGGAUGGCUGCGUAUCGUAUGAAUGCUGUGUAUAUGGAAGAACUCAUGAAAGACUGACUGUUGUCGACACAGCCCACUGACAUGUCUUAACACACCCUGCAAAAAUGUUAUCCAUUUUGCACUUCUACUGCUAAAAUGUGCUGAAAAGAGUGCUUUUCAGUGAAAUGAUUCUGUAUGUUGUAUGUCACUCUUUUCUAAUAAAUUACUUAUAUUAACUUUGA